CAGUCGAGAGGCGUGUGCUUUGCAUCUUCCUCUCCACAGCCAACCCAUCCACCUGUGGUGCGUUUGCCAUUUCCUCAUUGAAGUUUUGGUAAUCCUACAAAUAAAAAAAAGAUGCGAAAUGUGAGUCGUUGCGCAACUUCACUGUGCGCGUCUUCCUGCGACAUCACUCUGAGCUGCAGUCGAGCCGACGGCCAUGGAUCCCGCGCGCUACCCCACCGAGAACGUUCAACUGGAGAGGAGCGACGGGUACCGCGGAGUCCCCGGAGUGACCACAUCGGUCCACUACACCACCGUGGCCCCGGGGGCCCCCAGCGACCACGUGGUCUGGUCCAUCUGCUCCUUCAUCCACCUGAACCCCUGCUGCCUUGGACUGUUGGCUCUCAUCUUCUCCAUCAAGGCCAGAGACCGGAAGGUGGCUGGAGAUGUGGAAGGCGCCCGGAGCUACGGCUCCACUGCCCGCAGCCUCAACAUCGCCGCCAUGGUCAUGGUGUCCAUCUUGAUCCUUAUUGUCAUCAUUACGCUCAGCGUCGUGUAUUCAAAAGUGGCGGCGUUUAGCCAUGCUUAUGGUGGUGGUUAUGGUUAUGGUUACAGAGGCUGAGUUUCAAAUAGUGUGAGCGCGGCCUGCUGCUGUGGCUCAGUGAUGCUCGUGGCUCUGCACUUUUUUUUUAAGCUUACUUUUUUCUUUUUUUUCACUUUACUUAUAUCCUCAAGCGAAACAGAUAUAUACUUUUUUAGGGGAGUCUCAAACUCUUUCCUCGUAAUCUGUAGCGCACAUUUAUGCCAGACCAUGUUGUUUGAUUCUGAUUUCAGGCAUUUUGUCUUAACAAUGGUUCUAAACAUUUUUUUAAAGAGAGAGAACUUCUUUAUCUGCCAAUAAAGAUGUUUUAUAACUCUGAAA